AAAAGAGAAGUCUGGUGUUUCCUGCUUCACAUCCGCUCUGCGAAAGCCGCCAACCAAGUGUGCCUUCUAUAUUUCCUUUCACCCGAGAAGACGACAUGGGCAGACAGAAGAUAUAUUUGGAAAAACUGUCCAAGACCUUCCAGAUCCGCAACCUGCUUCUCCGCCAGGCCCUGGCGGAAUGUCUGGGGACUCUCAUUCUUGUGAUGUUCGGCUGCGGCGCCGUGGCCCAGUUGGUGUUGAGCGGUGGUUCUCAUGGUUUGUUCCUGACCGUCAACUUUGCCUUUGGCUUUGCUGCCACUCUGGGCAUCCUCGUCUGUGGCCAAAUAUCAGGAGGACAUUUGAACCCCGCAGUGACCUUUGCCUUGUGCCUGCUGGGCAGAGAACGAUGGAGAAAGUUUCCCAUGUACUUCCUCUUUCAGACAAUCGGCGGGUUCCUCGGAGCGGCCGUCAUUUUUGCUAUGUACUAUGACGCCCUGUGGGACUUUCCUGGAGCAUUUAAUGUGACUGGACCAAAUGCGACAGCUGGUAUAUUUGCUACCUAUCCUGGAAAACAUCUCACUCUUGUCAACGGAUUCUUUGAUCAGAUUAUUGGCACGGCGGCACUGAUCGUUUGCAUUCUGGCCAUCGUUGAUCCUUACAACAACCCCAUCCCCCAAGGAUUGGAGGCCUUCACUGUGGGUUUUGUGGUCCUGGUCAUCGGCCUGUCUAUGGGAUUCAACUCUGGAUAUGCCGUCAAUCCCGCCAGAGACCUCGGACCUCGCCUUUUUACCGCAGUAGCCGGGUGGGGCACGGAAGUUUUCACCGUCAGAAACGGCUGGUUCCUGGUGCCUGUUUUCGCCCCCUUCCUCGGUACGAUCAUCGGAGUCAUCAUCUACCAAAUGAUGGUCGGUUUCCACGAGGAGGGUGAAGUACGUGACCGAAGGAACGCGCAGGAGGAGAGUGUUCGACUCACUAACGUCAGCACCAACGACAAGUCGAAAGAGGCCGCCAAGCAAGUGCACUGAGCACCGAUUUUGAUCCACUUUCCAGCACAGUUCAUCUCAAUCCUCUUUUCUAAGCUCCUGUCAGAAUGCUGUGAUCAUCAAAAUGAAGCUAUUUUGUCGUUAUUUGUAUUAUGUGUGGAGGGGAGCUUUGAAAAAUCAUGUUCAAACAGUAUUUGAUGCCUUGUACCAGUGUAGUUUUAGGGAUUUCAAUCCACAUGAGCACUUAGACAUGAUGCCAGUCCACGCAAUUUCAAAGAAUUUGAACCAUUUAAGUCAUUUUUGAAAAUAUUCCUUUUUUUUACUGUGGGAAAACAGUUCAAUCACAUAAGCCUUUUUUACAUGCGCAAAAUGUCUCCGAUCGCAAAUUCCGUUGAAUGGAAUUCCAAAUCCACUGUUUACAUGUCAAACCCUGUGUGGCUCACUCCCUGAUUUUUCUAUUCCGCCCGAGACUUCAACCUGGGUUGUCCAACUCGAUAACCAGCACUGCUCUUGAAGCUGUCAGGGAAUUAAGUUUUCCCAACAUACACAUGGCCUAGCAACACCGGCUAGCCUCCGUUACACUCUUCCCCCUAAACUUUAAUCUCAUCCGGGUCACGGCAACACUGCUUUUAAUUUGCCACCCUGGACACAAACCUGGGUCUUCCGCAUCAGAAGCGAGCCAGCACUGCUCUUGAAGUUGUCAGGGAAGGAAGUUUUCCCAAUGUUCACAUGUCCUAGAAACACCGGCUAGGCUCCGUUGCACUCAUCCCCUGAACCCUCACUCUCAUCUGGGUCACGGCCCCACUGUACUCAGCGUUAUUCAGUCCCUGAUUUUUCAACCCUGGGUCAUUCGCAUCAGAAGCGAACCCGAUAGCCAGCACUGCUCUUGAAGUUGGCGGUAUAUGUGUUUUUACCAACAUACACAUGGCCCCCUAAACCUCACUCAUCCGGGUCACAGCACCACUGUAACCCGCAUUAUUCAGUCCCUGCUUUUUCUGUUCCGCCCAGGACUGGAACCUGGGCCGUCUGCCUGAAAAGCUUUGAGCUAAAAGCCAGCACUGCUCUGGAAGUUGUCAGGUUUUACCAACGUACACAUGGUCUCCGUUUUGUCACAAUCCCCCGAAACCUUACUCUUAUUUGGGUCACGGCACCACUGUAACCCGUGUGGUUCGGUCCCUGAUUUUUCUGUGCCGGCCUGGACCCAAACCUAGGUCGAAAACAGUUGAGGCGAGUGAGCUACCUACUGAGCUGAAAGAUUUGGCUACCGACUGGCCUCCAUUGGAAUAGCACCAAGCGUUUAUGUAGACUAUAAACCGUCUGGGCCAUUUUUCGUGGAAAUAAUAGAGAAAGAUGUUACUUUCACCAAUGUUGUAAAAAAAAAAAAGUUGUAUUUGUGCCCAACACAUUUAAUUUUACGCCUCUGUUUAUGUCCGGGAAUUUUUCAAAAAUAUUAUUUUUAUGAAUUUGUUUCUACAUUUGUACAAAUCAGUGUUUCUAUCAAGGCGUUCAACAACUGUUGACAUUUCUAAAAAGAAAGUUGUAAGAAGUGCAUGUUUGCUGCUCGGCUUGGCUCUUUUCGAGGCCGGUGAAGGUGAUUCACCCCAACCACGAAGCCAGGAUCUAAAUGGGUGUGUACAUUGGACCUUAUUGGAUUCAAAUCUUUGAUUGGAUUAUUUGUGUCAAGUAAACAUGGCUAUGGUUAAUAAUAUUGUCACAAAUGAUCUUUUGACCCCCCAAACAAGUACAUAGUCAUGAAUUGAACCGUUAAAAAUGCACCUUUUAUGGCUCAUGUUAUGGUGCAAGACUAUAUGACAUUUAUUUUGUAUGUCGGGUGAGGGGUUGUUCUUUUGUACUGACACAAUAAAGUGUUUUCAUCAAUU